AUGGCACAGAAAGGCCAUGACGAUUCUUCUUCGAUCCCAACUACUCAAGUGCUCAGUUCUUCCCCAGUACCAGCGCCGCCACCACGGGGGCUGUUGAUAGAUACACCGGAGGCGGGCGGCGGAGGGAAGUUCUCGCUAGUUGAUACGCCUUUCAGAGCGAGUGCGAAUACAACGUUUAGUCACGAUCGCACUGGAAAUUUACGAUUGGAUCUUGGUUAUUCUCAAAUAGACCUCGGGGAGACGCAGGUUGAUGGGCCGGAGAUAUUUGGGGACUAUGAGGAGGAGGAGGAGGAGGAGGGGGAGGACGAGAGAGCAGAAGUCCUUGUUGCGAAUAGUCCCGAGCCAAUGGCGGUAACGAAUACCAGGUGUAACGAGUAUGGGGAGGAGGAAGAAGAGGGGGAAACUCAGUUGGAUGAUGACCCAGAUUUAAGAACUACUUAUUUUCCGGAGAAUAGCAGGUUCGAUACUCCUCGAAAUCCGAAUAGCAAUAAUUCUUCGUCGCCGGUGAAGAAGACUACCCCUACGCCAGGACCUGGGUAUAAUCCGCUCGCGCAUGUCGGGUUUGGAGCAAGUGGUGAGGCGGUUGGAGCAAGUGGGGGGCUAGGAAGCAGGUUGCAUACUGGAUUGAGUUUGUCGCAGAUGUUUGAAAAUACUUCUUCUCCUGUCAGGCCACCGACCGGUGGAGCGUCACUUCCGCCGACGCCAUCAAAAGCGCAAUUGGAGAAGGUCAUGGCGGACUCGGUGUCUAGACUGUCGUCCUACUCGGCACGCCCUCGGAACCAACCCCCCCAUCUGCCCCAGCGAAUGACUACCACUGUUAGGAAACCAAGGUCGUCGAAGAGUCAACCGAGCCCAGCCGAGGUCUACGUGUCUAUCCAAGAAUCACAGGAGGCAAGGGAGGGGAAUGCCAGGAAGAGGAAUGCGAGAGUAGGCCGAGCGACUAAGAGGAAAGGGGGCGGAGGAGGGGAGUCUAGUUCUCCCGUUGUGUUCAAUUCGCCGUUGCCGGUGACCCAAAGACAUACGCAGCCCGAUUCGGAGAAGGUGAAGGUGAAUGAGUCUGAUGAUGGCAUGAUUUCUUCUGAAGAUGAGAGGAAGAGGAAGGCUGCUAUGGCACAGAAGAAGGGGAUUGAGGAGGUCAAGAAGGUGGCGUCGUUGGCUAAGAUUCCGAAGAGUAGUUUAUUGGAGAGGCGGCCCAAAUCUCGGGAGGAGCUGUCGGGGAAGGCGGACAAGAGGCGAGCGGAGAUAUCCGCCAAAGUGCGGGAGUUUCGGGAGGGUUCCCCCACAGACCCUGAUGACGAAACAGGUGAUGAGGAAGAAGAGGGGAUUGUGCCACCGGUACGACAGAACUCUAGAAGGAAGCGUGUGAGUCCUAAACCAGGCCCACGUAUGCCAAUGGGAUCUAGGGGAUCCUCAGUACCACCCAAAUCUGUCAAGUUGCUGCCUGAUACUCAUAUAGCGACAACUUCCUCACCAAAAGAGUCGCCAGAUCUUCCUACGCCAACCGUACUGCAGACCCAACCAGAUCCUGUAUCCGAUUGGGAGAGCAUCCACAACGUAGAGCCAUUGCGGGUAGUUAGAAGAGCAAGGCCUACCCCCUCAGCUCCUCCUCAACAACCCCCUGCGGAUAUGCCGUCUCUCCGGCAUCAAGUUAUGCUCCCUUCGACAAUUGCGGACUCCCAACCGCCGAUCCCGAGCUCGAACCAACAAGGAACUGGCAUGGCCAAAACUUCACUGAAGAAUCUCCCCCCUUUCAACAUCCCGUCGCCGGACACUACGCAAGCAAAGCGAGGUGCUAAUACGAAAUCUGGGCCGGAAUUGGUGCUAGAAACAUCGAACCUCGAAGAGCCCAGCAGUGGGCUGCUAUUGCCUACGAGCAGUUUAACUCCUCUGCCUUCUACACUUUUAAGUUCAGCUGUCAGCGCCCAGCAAAGCUCGCCGCCCGCCGCCUUAAUAACACCAUUUCCAUCACGUGCUAGUAACUUUAGAAGAAUGAAGCAAGGUGCUACGACGAUCCCGGAGACUAGUCCGUGGGAUCGAGAUGGUAUGUUAUCUCCCAUGCCACCGAAUGCCUCACAGUCCGCACCACCGAAUAACAUCGGUUUGCAUACCUCCCGGGAAAAUAUGAGGAAGUCUAUUCAGGAGUCUCCUGUCCGAGGGAAGCGGAAGAGGAGUUCGACUGAGAGGCAGGCACGGUGUGUGGAUUGGGGGAGCGACGUUGUUCCCCAUUCUCCACCUGACGAUGGUAGAAGCCUUGGUGAUACUGCCAUGAAGGGCUUUGCAACAUUGGAGAAUAGCAACUCGUUACUCAGCAGUCGGCCCGAACCAGAUGAUGUUGACAUGGCUGAGUUAGUGGCGGGUGUCGGCAGUGAUGCCGCACGGGAUCCGGUACCGGCGCAAGGACAAUCCGCGGUGGAACCCCCGCCGCCCAAAAGGGCUAGGCCUUCCUUGGGUGGAGAUAAAGAAGUCACUCAUGGGGUCUCGGAGUCUAGGCGGAAGAAAACUGCUAGCGGCACUAAGGAAAAGUCACAAUCUGCGAAGUCUACCAAGUCUACUACCACCACUACGACGAAGAGGGGCAAAGCGCCGCGGAAGUCUACUGGGAGAGGAUCAAAUAAUCAGCCGCGUGCAACAGCAAGGAAGACUAGGUCCUCGACAUCCCUAAGGGGCUCCUUGGCAGGAGCAGCGAUGGACUCACCGACACCGAUGGCCGCACCGGAGUCAGAGGACGAGCUUGAGAGCAAUAAUCCUGCGUUUUCGGUUGCUGGGUCUGUGGCACCAAUAGUUGACUCGAGUCUAGUUUCGCCAGAAAGGGUGUUUGCCCUGUUUAAAGAUGUCAAGAUGUGUUAUCACCCCGCAACAGUGUUAAGCAUCGAUUCAAAGGGCUCUAUCAAAGUAGUAUUCGAUGAUGGCACCGAGGAUGUUCUUGAUAAGGAAGUUCGGAGCCUAGAUCUCCGAAUUGGGGACAUGGUGAAAGUGGACCAACCAUCAAUGAAGAAAGCCGUCUGGACAGUCGUAGGUCUAAACAAGUCCGCUGAAGAGCCCGAUACACACGACCGCGUCGGUGGCCGAAGUCUCACAGACAUUAGAGGUCACUCAAUAGUCGUAGUCAAGCCUAGGAUGACACCAACUUCAAAUAGCACGACUGAAGGCGAAGUCACCGAAAUUCCCUUGACGAAAAUCUACUUAAACCGAACACUUUGGACGCAAUUCUCCGGACGUCCAUAUAAAGACAUGCCCCACCGCAGUCAAAUCCUCCCGCUAAGAACCGCGACACCAUGUAUCGCUGAUCCCACCGCCGACGGCACCAACCAAACAAUCACCACCCCAAAUACCCCAUCCCGGAAUCGCCGAGCAACCCCUAUCACCACCACCACAACCUCUGUCAAACCGACCGGCGGCCUAUUCUUCAACAUGCUCUUCGCGCUAAGUUUCGGCGAGAACGAAUCCGAGAAACGCACUGUCACGCAUAAGAUCACCAGCAACGGUGGCCGCCUCGUUGGCAACGACUUUGAACACCUCUUCCACCAAGAAACCACCGCCGCCGCUGGCGGCGGCCUAACACCGAAAGCAGAAUCGGCAUGUGUUGGCUUCACCUGCGUGAUAACUAACAAGCACUCUCGCCGCGUAAAGUUUUUACAAGCCCUCGCCCUGGGGAUCCCGUGCCUCGCUCCCCGGUGGGUCGAGGACUGUGUCAGGGUGCGGCGAUUACUAGACUGGGAUACCUAUCUAUUGCCCGCAGGUGAGAGUGCAUACCUUGCUGGCGCGGUCAGGUCUAGAGUUAUGGAGUACGUGCCUGCGCGGGAGGCGAGGUUUCUGGGCAUGGUGGAGGUGAGGCGGAGGUUGUUACUUGGCGGACAGGUGGUUGUGGUUAUGGGCAAGGGGGGUGCGGGGGUUGGGCGGUGGGUUUGUGUCCCCUCUUUUAUUUGCUCCCCCAUACUUGCCUUUUCUCUUUUCUUUUCAGGAUACGUGAGUGCUAAUCCAUUGUGUGAUGUCAUGCAGAAGCCAUAUUUAUUCCUGGCGUACGCCAUGGGUGCGGGAAAAGUUUUCGUCGUGCAGACUGUGGAAGCCGCUCUUGGCGUACUAUCGAAACAUGAUGGCGGACUCGAUAAGGAGGACGCGGAGAAGCAGGCGGAUGAAGCAGGCGACAGUGGUGGGACGCGCAAGUUUGUAUAUAUCGACGCGAAAGAAAGGAAGCACGCCGAGAGGUUAUUACGCCAUGCUGGAAGGAACGUUAGGGUUGUCGAUGACGAGUGGGUUAUUCAGAGCUUGAUCUUGGGAAAGCUGAUUUCUGGGGAGUAGAUAAUUUUAAGUUGGGUCAGGGGGUUGAUUAUGCAUGUAUAAGUAUAUAUACCCUAUGGUAUGGUGUGGUGUGGACGGCGUUUGUGUGUGUGUAAUGUACGAGUACAGCUCAUGUAUGAUACCUAUGAGAUGCUAUGCAGUGUUUUGGAGUUCCCCUGUUUUAUUCUUUUCUUUUUAAAAGGCUUUAAUAGUAAUAUGAGUAAUAGAGGAACCUGUAA